GUAUCCUACUGUCUGAUUGGCGGACGCGGCUGUCCAUCAGUGUCGGUCUGCGCUGGCGUAUAUAAGCGCGCGGGUCUGCUGUGCCAUAGCACUCGUGAACGUCCGAGAGUUCAAAGUCUGUUUUUAAUCAUCACUGGUUUAGCGCACGUCUCAUAAUUACAGUAUCUCUCGCGCACGGGCGGAUGUGUGGCUUUAUAUAGUGUGCCGUGUGAGGCAUUUUAGGGUGAUUUUCGCGUGCGUACUUACUUUCAGCGCAAGAAAGGCGAAGAAACGAUCGCGCUUAGUUGUGUGGGUGUGUGUGUGUGUGUGUGUGUGUGUGUGUGUGGGUGGGUGGGGGGCUCGCGUUUCUCUGCAUUAUUCAUGAGCAGCGGUGGAUCCUCCCAGGGGCGGAGUUAUUCAAAGUAGGCGUGGCGGUGAUAGAUGAGUGACAGAUGUAACACGUGGGUCACAUUAAUGCACCUAAAACUGACUGUAGACAAGUACUUAUGAAGUGUUAAUGACAUAGUAAGCAGAACUUGCUAACUAGCUGGUGUUUUCUGCAGGAUCCGUGCAGUCGUAUUAGAGGCUGAUGGAUGUGGGCUGUGAUGUCCGUUCAGAGUGAGUUUCGGGCCGCCGGUGGGGCGAGUUUGCACCCUCAGCCCGUCACUGUUCAGGAUGAGGUGACCGCUAACAUGGUGGUAACCGAACUCGCUGGCGACGCGGCGACUCUACAUGUUGACCAGAUGAAAAACGGCCUGCAGUCGCGAGUCGAGACACAGAAACUGAGCAAGCGUCGCUACACCAUGAGCGUGGGGUUCAAACACCCGAGCCUCAGUAAACGCAGACGCCGCGCCAACUCCGAAUGCAACCCGGUGCUGCCCACCAACUUCCUGCUGGGCGGGAACAUCUUCGACCCGCUGAAUCUCAACAGCCUAUUGGACGAGGACGUCAGUAAGGCGCUCAACGCCCAGACGCCCAAAUCCUCGCCGCUUCCCAGCAAAAACAGAGACCCGGUGGAGAUCCUGAUUCCCAAAGACAUCACCGACCCUCUGAAUCUAAACGGGCGCGGCAGAGACGCGGCUGCGGGCGUGUUAGUGUCGCCCUUGAAGAGCAGGCGCAGACAUCGCAACCGACACCACCCGGGAGCGACCGCUGAGCCUUCAGAUGGUGAGAGGUCAAAGGUCAACGAGGGGUCGGCGUCGGGCCCGUUGCUUCCUGCCGAUACUUCGGCGCCUGACAAGGUCGCGGAUACCGCUGCUGCGCUAGAGGAGUCGCCGCAUCCUUACAAACUCAACAUGUCAAUCAACUGCCGUGACGAAGUGGUGCCGCCCAUCCUCCCGCGGCGACGGCCACGCCCCUCCUCGUCUAGCUCCGCCCCUCAGGCGCAGUCCAGCCAGCUGUCCAAACACAGGAAGCGCAGACGAACCAACAGCCGUUCGGACCGCCUGUCCAUCACGCCGACUCCGCCCAUCAAGCGCACAGUCACGCACAGCCAGACGUUUCACACUCCUGUUGUGGGCGGAGUCGGCGGAGCUCCACCCCUAGGGGCGGGGAAAACCCCACAGCAGCGGCACAGGACGCAGCACAGGUUCCAGUGCGGAAGCUACAGCCGUUACUACGGUUACCGCACCCCGUCACUAAACGCCGACCCGCGCCUGGCCGUGUUUAAACCCGAGUGGUUCCGCGGGAAAAAAGUCCUGGAUGUGGGCUGCAACACAGGUCACGUGACCCUCGCCAUCGCCAGACACUGGGGCCCUGAGCGCGUGCUGGGUGUGGACAACGAUGGCGCGCUGGUGCACGUGGCCCGACAGAACCUGCGCUACUUCCUGUCAGAGCUGCACGGAUUGGACGAGAGCGGCAGGAUGUGGGCGGGUGAGGGGUCAGAGGUCAAGGCCGGGGGUCAGAUGGGGUUAGCGCCUCUGAUGGGCCUGCAGCUGGGCCUGUGCGGUCAAGCAUUACGCAGGUUUCCCGUCUCCUUCACGCGCUGCCGUGGACCCAUCGCCACAUUUCCCAUAAUGCCUCACGUCCCGGGCCUGUUCCCCUGCAACGUCUACUUCCUGAAGGGUGACUAUGUGCCGGACAGUGAUGAGGCGGUGAUGUCCCAGUGUGCCGAGUACAACGUCAUUCUGUGUCUGAGUUUGACUAAGUGGGUUCAUCUGAACUAUGGUGACGCUGGAAUCCAGAGACUGUUUCACCGCAUCUACAGA